AUGGGCAUCCGUCAGACGUCCCGUAUCGUAGCCGCACUGGCUUCAGUUGCAUCCGUUGCCGCACACGGCCAUGUAACGAACAUCGUCAUCAACGGCGUCUCCUACCGUAACUACAUCCCAACACAAGACCCAUACACCAACAACCCACCUCUGGUUGCCGGAUGGUCUGCUGACCAGAAGGACAACGGUUUUGUCGACCCAAGCGCUUACAACGCACCCGAUAUUAUCUGCCACAAACAAGCCGCCUCCGGCAAAGGUCGCAUCACUGUAGCUGCCGGCGAUACGAUCCAGCUCCAAUGGACCGAGUGGCCAGACAGUCAUAAAGGCCCUGUCAUGGACUUCCUGGCCAACUGCAACGGCCCAUGCAAUGCCAUUGACAAAACAGCCCUCCGUUUCUUCAAGAUCGACGGUGCCGGCCUCAUCGACCCUCCUCAGCAAACCAACAAGUGGGCUGCGAGUGCCCUCAUCGCCAACGGGAACGCGUGGCUCGUUCGCAUCCCGUCUAAUAUUGCACCAGGCCACUAUGUCCUCCGCCACGACAUCAUUGCCCUCCACAGCGCCGGCCAACAGAACGGAGCCCAGAGCUAUCCCCAGUGCAUCAACCUGGAGAUCACGGGUGAAGGCACGUACAACCCCCCUGGAGUUCUAGGCACCGCGCUUUAUGGAGCGAACGAUCCUGGUAUCUACUACAACAUCUACCGUGACAAUCUCAAUGACUAUGUCAUCCCUGGGCCAGCAAUCAUCUCUGGUGGUGUCUCGAUGGUACCACAGAGCAGGAUCGCGAUCACUGCUUCCGCAAGCGCGACGCCGUAUGGCACCACGGUUAUUGCUUCAUCUUCCCGGGCUGCGAGCAGUGCUGCUGCCUCUAGCUCUGAGAUUACUACUAGCUCUUCCGCCAGCUCUUCUGCUUCCACUUCAACAUCGAGCAAGAACACCGGUAGCAGCACUCCGACAAGUACCAUUGUCCGAACAUCCACCUCGACACUGACGACCUUGAAAACCCUCACCAGCGUGACUCCGACUACCACCAAACCACCCUCGAACGGCGAGGUCACUCAGGGUCUGUACCAGCAAUGCGGCGGCAAUGGCUGGACCGGUCCGACGGCAUGCCCAGCAUACGCCGCUUGUUCCACCAUGGACUCGUACUACGCACAGUGCAGACCUACGCCAGCUGCUGGUGGAGGUCAGCCUUUGUAUGCGCAGUGUGGAGGAAACGGAUACACCGGAGAGACUCAAUGUGUGUCGGGGUCCCAGUGCACUGUCAUCAACCCUUGGUAUUCCCAGUGUCUGCCUUGA